GGCUUAGAUGCGCAUAUACGAUCUUGACCAAAAACAUCUUUUUCUUCGCGGAACGAAUUUUUGAAAUUCCUCGCCCAAAGCAGACCGGACACGGCCAAGAAUUAGAUCAAAAGUAAUUAACUCCUCUAGCUAUCAUUUAAGCCCAAAUUUGUGCGAUUUGAGCAAUACAAUGGCACAGGGGGGUGGUGUAACGCCAUCCGCGACUGAAAAGUCGUUCCCGACGCGUGGGCCAGAGCGGCCACGCAAACAAAUCGCCAAUAUGGAGGAACUGGGCAAUGCGGCCCAAAGCAACUCUUAACUACAUUCAAGCAUGUAAUAAACCACUCAAGGAUGAGUUUAUUCUCAACUUUAUCGAACACGUACGCGACUUCGCGCGCUCUGCCCCUGCUGGGGGCGAUGGUGCGGCUCUCGCAAGCUUCCAGAGGCUGCUGGAAGCGGUCCAGGAAGACACUGCGUCGAUCCGUAAAGAACUCACCAACAAGUCAAGCGCAACUACCGGCUUAUCUCAAGAUUCAGCCUCUUUGUGGAAGACCAUUCGUGCCCGAGAGUGGCAGCUGGGGCUCAAAAACGCGACGGUCCCUCUCUCUCAGAGUGCUGGUUCAUCGACCCCGGGGGUCACCCCAACUGAGCUGGGCCUGGAUAGCGAGGUCGUGGUCAAGAUCCGCGACGCUGCUUUACGGAAGGAAUUAAAAAAGGCCAAGCCAGUGGACAUUGUUAGACGAGUGGAACGCGCCAGGGCCGAAGCAGCGAAGGCGACUCCAAGCCUGGCGCUCGCGGGCCACGCGUUCAUUGCCGCACGACAGUUGCCGUCGGGUGAUAUCAGCCUUCGGGCUCACAACGCCGCGGCAGCUGAGAUACUGAGACAACAUGCUCAGGGUUGGGUCAAGGCUUUUGGACCGAGCGCGUGGGUGCGCGUGCCGACAUGGGGGGUAGUUGUCGACGGAGUUCCGGUGCACUCCAUGGAUCUUGACCCAGGACGAAUUGAGGACACCAAAACGCGCUUAAUUGCGCAGAACCAGCACACCUGGGGGACAGAGGCCAAGAUUGCAUAUGUGGGAUGGUUGGUCAAGCCGAAGCGUCGCGAAGGGUCGCUCGUUAUCGAAUUCACAAGCCCUCUCGUGGCGAACGAGGCAAUCUCUAAGGACCCUAUUGUCGAGAGGGGCGGUGUAGACAGUGCCUUAAAUGCCAAAGAUUUGGGCAUUCCCACGCUCAGUGUCCCUUCGAAGCAUUUACGUGCGGCGUCUGCGCAGGCGCGCAUCCGACCUGGGAAUGUGCAGCCAAGCGAGGCCAAGGAAAUGUUACUAUCAAAUGCGCCAACUGUAGUGGCAGCCAUAAAACCAUCAGUGGCCUCUGCCAGGUCAAAAAAGAUGCAAUCGAGCGCGCCAAAGCGGCAUUAUUCAAUUGCGAACGCUUCCAUCGGCAGCGACAACAGCUACAUCAACAGCUGUGCCGAUACUAACGGAGGCAGUACCUCCAACCGCGCCAGCAACAUGCAGGAGUGUGGACCGCCAGAUUCCUGCCGUCCCCUAUCUGACACCUGCCCAGCAAGCGGCAGAGAAAAAGGGGGUAGUCUACGACAAACCGACAGUGCGCAAAGCAACUCGCCCUCGAGGCAGGCCACCCAAAUCGACCUCGUCAGCGGGCCAAGAGCCCCUGCCGGACAUGAAUACCCAAAUCGAGGCAGCACUCUCACUCACCCAAGCAAUGAAUCAACCAACGCUUCAACAGCCCCCCCAAAGCGCACGCGCCGCGGGGAGCCAGUGCCGAUGAUGAGCGAACCCGAAAAGCUGCUGCGCAAGCCAGUUGGCAAGCGUGUGCGGUCCGACAACAGCGAAGAGGGUCCCUCAGCCUUACGUGCGAAGCCGACCCCGGCCCAAGACGACGAAGAGCCGCAACUUCCUGCUCACCCCCCUCUCCCUCCGAUCUCAAUGGAUAUCGGCGACACCGACAUUGUGCUGCGGAGCGACACUAGCUUCCGCCAGCUAGACUUCAACAUCGCCUCAGAGGGGGGUUAUCAAGAACUAAUGGGUCAAUUUACUAACCAUAACAAUACGCAAGCACAGACCAUUCAAAUCGGACCAACCACACCUCAGCGUGCCAUGCAACCAGUCACCCAGUCGGCCUCCGAACCACCCUCUGAUGAGGAAUCGUCGGAACUGUCAGAGCCCGAGGACUCAGACGACAUCAACUAUGAAGAAGAUCUCACCCUAGUCCCAACCAGGAAACCCAGCAGCGCCCCUCGUCGCUUUCUUUAA